AAAGCGCGGGCCAAAAGCGAGGCGAGCGGGGCGGGCGAGCUCUGUAAGACCCGGGAAGGAGAAGCAGCAGCCGCCGCCGCCGCAGCCAGCCUACCCGCCCGCCCUCCGUCUCGUUGCAAGGCGCUGCCGCCUCUGCUCCUCCUCCUCCUCCUUCUUCUUCUCCUUCUCCUCCUCCUCGGAGCCCACCAGGCCGAAGCCCCUCUCCGCCCGCAGCCAUGGGAGUCGAAGGCUGUACCAAGUGCAUCAAAUACCUCCUCUUCGUCUUCAAUUUCGUCUUCUGGCUGGCUGGAGGAAUAAUUCUUGGUGUGGCAUUGUGGCUUCGUCAUGACACAAAGACGACAACUAUCUUGGGCUCAACAUUAAAUGACCAUCAGGCUCCUAGCACAUAUUAUGUCGGAAUCUACAUCCUGAUUGCUGUUGGGGCAGUGAUGAUGUUUGUGGGUUUCCUCGGAUGCUACGGUGCUAUUCAAGAGUCACAGUGCCUUCUGGGAACAUUUUUCACCUGCCUUGUAAUACUGUUUGCUUGUGAAGUGGCUGCUGGAAUCUGGGGCUUUGUUAAUAAAGAUCAGAUUGCUAAAGAUGUGAAGCAGUUCUAUGAUGAGGCAGUGCUCGAAACCAAGUCAGAUAAUGAGAAUAAAUCCAAGGCAGCAAAAGCAGUUGUGAAAACUUUCCAUGAAACGCUAAAAUGUUGUGGCACAGGUUCAUUUUUGGAAGAUAUAUUCAACCUUGCAAAUCCAGAUGACCUCUGCAGUAAAGGACAAAUAUUCAGAAGUGAGUUAGACUGCCAUUCAAGAAUUGAUGAGCUGUUCUCCGGAAAACUGUACCUAAUUGGUAUUGCCGCCAUUGUGGUGGCUGUGAUCAUGAUCUUUGAGAUGAUCCUGAGCAUGGUACUGUGUUGUGGCAUCCGAAACAGCUCCGUCUAUUGAGAAGUGAAAGGGCAGGGGCGAAGCAAUGGUGCCGAAGGGACCCCAAAGUGCCGCUGUAUGACGGGGAGACUCUUCCAACAAAAGACAAAGAAAAUUGUGUAUAUAGAUAUUUCAGAUAUUACCAUACAGUACUUAUCAUUCUUACUUGGAAGUCUUCUUUCUGUUUGUUUAAAAGGUGGGAGAGGGAGGUGGGUUUUUUCUUCUUCUUCAACUUCUUUUUUGUAUAUUUGUGGCAAAGUUAAAGACACAUCAAUUUGUGUGGUAGAAAAGCUACUAAUGUCAGUGAUUCCAGGCCUUUUAUCAAAGAUCGCCUUUUUAUCCCCAUUCUCCCCAGUCACUUAGCACUAACAAUAUGCAAUUAACAAGACUUUCCCCAGAUACUAGCCUUUUAUGAAAAAAUGGACACUUCCUGUGUCUGUGUUAUCCAAACAGUUCAUUGGAGGGAGGAAAGGAGGCAUUGCACCAGUUCUCAGCAUUUCCUGUUCUAACAUUCUCUAUUGUGACUUAUAGAAAACCUUGUAUUAUUAGUCUAAAUCUGUGACUGUAUACAAGAGUCCUGCCUUGGUGUAAUGAGACAACUGUUUUCAGAUCUGCUAUUUUGCUAUCAAUCAUGCAAAUUUUACAGUAUGUCCAAUACUUCCCACUCCUUUCCAUGAUGAGACUUUAUUUGCAAACUUGUAUAAUAACCCCAUUAACAUGAAAAGUCCAUAAUUUCUCCUGGAGUUGGAACAUGGAGAUAAGUUAAUUCUAAAAGCCCUCACAAGGUAUUAAUUUAUAACAGUGGAAGGAAUUAAACCCAAACGUAUAUUUUCAUCCUGAGCUAAAAAAUUGUUUAUACAGUCAUAAGGAAAUAUAAUAGGUCUGAUGAUGGAAUGUUUUUAUAUCUCACUGCUAUAUGUGUUUACAUGAUUAGUUUGGGAUGAAAGUUCAAUCUGGUAUUAUUCACUUAAUAAAUAUAUAGUAAUGUAAAGAUGCCAAAAGCUAUCUGUGGAAGAGAAUCAGUGAAAUAAUGACUGGAUACCUGUUCAUUGGAGAAACAAUUUUAAGGAGGCACCUGCUUUUGUGCCUUUUAAAAAAAUAUAGUAGUAAAUGUGGAGAAUAGCCAAUUGUGUAUGGGUAGGACACUGCAAAGAGGCCUUGUUUGUUAGGCGCAUCCACUAACUGCUUCGUUAGAAUAAAAUGACCGUGUUGCCCACAGCAAAUCGGAUAAUACCCUCCCUAUUUAGUAAAUGAUGUUGGCUUCCUGUGUUCUUUGCAAGUUGUGGUUCAUUCAGAUGUAAAUUUAUUCCUUGUCUUUCUCUGCACUUUUGCUCUUCAAAUGCAGUUAGGUCUGUGCCUGUUAGAACAACCAGUUGGGGCACGAAAAGGAUAUGAAUAUGCAAAGAUUUAUAAGUAAGCUUACAGCUCUAGAUGGAAUGCUUUUAAUGAACAUUUAGAAGACCACACAUGGAUUCUGUGCCCUUGGUGCAUUUUCUCCUCUAAAUAUGUAAGCAGAAGCAAAAAGGCUUUGCAAAAAUAAAUUGUUGGAAUAAUCUAAGCAUCUCAGAAAACUAAACAAAAAAAUGGUCAGAGUUUCAGGAUCCCCACCACCACACAAACCACUUCCUUUUAUAUCAUUCUGACUUGUCUGAAAUGGACUCCACUGCCUAGAACCCCCUUAAAAGGUUACUCUAAAUCAAACCCUGUUCGUACUACUACUAGUUUAAGAACGUAUCCCAAGAAUUGUGACAGUGGGGAGGGAGGACCUAUUUUAGCCUUAGAAAUAGCCUUAAAGCAACACUGCCCUGAAUGUCAAGCUUUGCAUGCACUGGAAACAGAAAUUGAUUCUAACAACCUACCCACUCUUCAAAGGUUCUGAGGGUCAUAUUUUCCAGUAUAAUAUAGUAUAUGUACAAUUUGUAGCUAAUCAACUAUGCAUGUACAUUUAUUUACACACAUACUGUAUGCAUUGGGGCUACCAGUGUGCAAAAUCGAUGUGUGUAACUCACUGCCUUUUGUCAAGUCUCCCAGAGAAAUGUAUAUAAUUGCACCACUAAGCAUUCUUUUCUUAUACCGUAUGUUUGAUAUUGUUCAGCAUUCAGGUGAUUAUCUGUUACAGCCAGCACUCUGUUCCAAAGCUUCUCAAGUCUCUCUUCUCAAGUGUGGCUCCAGCAUCAUCUUGGGACAGAGGCCUCUCUUUCUAUUGAAUGCAAGAUGGCAGUGGAUAGUGAGGAUUUUGCUAUAUUGCAGGGGAGGGUAAAUUCCCUUAAACUUUUUCUGGAGGUUUUUUGGAGAGUGGCACCCACAACAUUCUACAUCUUGCUUUAUUUUGCUUUACAUUUUGAAAAUGGAACAUUGCUUCUAAAGGAUGUGGUUUUAACUUGGGGAGGUGAUGCCUAACUAUGCCAAGUACACAUCUGGAACUUCAGUGGAGGAAAAAUUGAGCUUCUCUGUUCACCACUGCUGCUUCCCCCAUUCAAACUCUCUAAAGGCCUCUUUUUAUUCAUUGGUUUAAUUUUACAUAAAUGCGCAUAUUGACAUAAUGUUUAAUGUAUGCUCUUCAGCAAUAAGCAGGAGAGCAAAAAGUGGGUAGUAAAGUAGUAUUAAAAAGUGCUAUGUUGCAAACAACUUUUAAGUUGCAUUUUUGCCUAAUGCAAAGAGACAACUGAAUUGGAAAUCGAGUUCUCAAGGCCAGAAAUAGCUUAGGAAUAGAGGGAAAGUUCUACAAAAAUGAUGAGAUAGAAGCUUUCAUGUGGAAUGAUUGUUAUAGGUCAGUAAUACUUUGACCUUCAUUUGAGAAACGGAAAAUGAUCCCCAAAAUAAAACAUUUUGUAUAUAGAAAAUUAGAAUUCGGGAGGUGGAUUCCACCUUAGGCUUCUUCCCGACCAUUAGAUGCUUUCUUUUUGCUUGCAGGGUUUCUUUACCUCAGUAGCAGAGAUCGUGUUUUAUGUCUGAAGUGUUAACAGUCCAUGAACUGUUCAUGUAAGCUGGUCUUAAGACUUCUUUUAGUGCCAGUAAUGACAGGAUCUGUUCUCAUUUUCCUUUUACUGUUUGCAAAGAACUAGCAAAAGAGAGGCACAUGUGACUUUAGAAAUACAAAUUAAAGUCUUCUUUAAAAAAUAAUCCAAUGUUGUAAAAGUUUGCUUUAAAAUUGCCUUGGUAGGCAUUAUUGCUGCCAGGGAGAUCCUCUCCUCUCUUAAGAAUUUAGCAUUAGGAAACAAAUUGAGGGCUUCAGCUAAGAAAUGUCCAGGUGAGAGAAUGAGAAAUUGUGGCAAAUGCUGUUACAUGAGGCAGAAUUCUAGCCAAGGCUAUUUAACAACUUAUUCAAACUGCACGACGUUUGUGGCCAAAUCUCAGAAACAACCUGGUUUUACUUUCACCAGAGAAUACCAGUUGGCUGGGUUUAGCUUUAUGAUUAUGCCCAAAGACCUUAUUUUUAAGUAAACUAUGAUAAAGAAUUCUCUUGUAAGCCAAAAGAGAAAUUUAGCAUUCUCACCUACAGGUUUGCUCCUGUGCAAACUGAACAGAUCCAGUUAUGAAGAGACUACAGAAGGAGGGCCGAACAGCGCUGCUGGCUGCAACGUCCUGAAUGCUUGGUUUUCUUUUGAAUAUUGUGGAGCAUGCCACAAGCUGUAUAUUCAUGUGAAGUACUAUUUCUUCUCUGCCUUCUUUUUUGGGUCACUUUUCAGAUUUUUAAUAAACAUUUCCUCUUAGUGUGUAUUGUGUGGUGAAGCCCUAUGUUUUUUAAAGCGCCAAGAAAUCACAACACCUGAAUGCUUUGACCAUCAGAUCUCCACAGCACUGGCAAAGCCAGCCUUGGGAACAGAAAACAAAUGGGGUGAGACAAAGACAAGAGGAAGAAGGAAUGGAAUGAAUCUUGGCCAGUCUUGUUCUGGUCAGAGAAAAGCCAUGAGGCAAAGUAUAUGAGGUGAAUCUAUGGAGAUAACAUUUGCAUUAAAAAUGCAAUGACUCUUCCCCAAAAACCCAGUUUUCAACUAGGUUAAUGAGAUGAAAACAAUCAAUUCCAACAUGUUCCUAUCAAUGCCCAAGAGUACAAGCAUACAUAUGGGGCCCUAGUCAUAUAAGUCUUUACUUUUGUGGGUUAUAGCAAACCGCCUAAUUUUGUAAUUUUUUCCAUUGGUUCUGUGAAAGGGGGAGGAAGGAAUGAACUAGGGAGGCAUGACAUACCGCUGCCAUCUCCCCACAUUUGCCAUCAAAAUCCCCAUUCUUCUCAUCAUCCUGGCUUCGCUUGUGCUCAGCAAUCUUGCCUAUUUGCUGUUGUCUUGCUUGUUUAUCUGAAUGUUAAAGGAAUCUGUCAAAAUAACAUUUUUUAAGAAAAUAUAUCUAUGACAACAAUUAAAACAACCAAAAACCAA